AUGGCCGCAUGGAACAACCCCCUGCGGCUUUUGUCGCCACUGUCUGAGCACCCAACGGCCUCGCCCUCGUUGUCUCCAGCUUUGUCCGACACGAGUGUCGCAUUCCUCGGCGCGAGCGUCAAGUUGGACAAGAUCAAACAGGACCACUAUGGCGCGUGGCGAAUUUUGUCUGCCUUUUUCGAACACCUAGACUUUGCCGGCAAAUGCAAUUUGACAGCGGACAUGGAGCAAUGCAAUGGCGACGACCAGCUUGUCGGCCUCUCAAAUCAUCUCUUGGAUGCGAUUUUGAAACCUUGCUUGCCAGUCAACGUGGCGGGUGGGCAAUCUCCCGAGCCGCUCUCGACACCACCUAGCGAGGGUGCCGAGGACGCAAUUGACGCGGGGAUGAGCACAAUCAACGCGUCAACUCGUGCGGAACAGGCCGUCCUCCGCGCCGAAUGUCUUCGCAGAGACGGGUACAGAUGCGUUUUUACAGGGACAUGGGACUUUAACAGCGUGGACAAAGGAAUGGCCAUGCCGCCACCAGAUUACGAGGCUGGCCCCGUCGAGUGCGCACAUAUCAUUCCGUUUGCGCUGGGCACGUUCGACGACGGCGAUGCUGUCCAAACUCGAAAUAAAACCAUCAUUUGGUUUUCGAUUCACCGCUAUUUUCCAGAGCUGAAGGAUUUGAUCGAUGCUAGAAGCAUCAAUCAAUGUGGGAACGUGGUAACAAUGGACCUGCCAACGCAUCGAAAUUUCGGCUCCUACAUAGUUGCAUUCCAACCACAGGGCGACAACAAGUAUGUUGCAACACGGCUCGUCGACGUGAAUGUUCGAACAACCUCGAAAACUGGAUCGGCCGUCUUCAGCCUAGCGUCUGCAGAUGAUCAAAUUCCAAUGCCGAACCAGGAGUUCUUCAAGGUUCAUUUCAUCAUCAGUCGUAUUCUUCAGACCUCGGACGAGGAAGAGAAAGAGGCGUGA